AUGAAGCUCUCCAUCCUUUCUCCCGUCCUCCUCGCAGCCGGAGCCCUCGCCGCCCUCAAAGACCAUUGCCAAUUCAUCCGCCACAUCCACACUGGUAACAGCGAACACCCGACAGUCGAGUACAACUGCCCGUCUCCGAACCCCGUCGCGUGGCCGUACAGGGCUUGCUGGUACGUCGACCUUGGAAAAUGCUUCAUCAACGACAUGGGCCAAAUACGCGCCCAGAAGGAAUUCGGCACUUGA